AUGACCCAUUUCCUUGCAAUUGAAACAGGAUGCAAUCUUAGUGGGAACAAUCUUGCUUCAGUUUCAUCUUGGUUUGGCAACUUCAAGAAACUUGAGUAUCUUGAUCUUUCAUGGUGUGGGCUUCAUGGUCCAAUUCUAAAUGCUUUCCAAAAUGCAACUUCCAUUAAAAGUUUGGACCUUUCUGGGAACAAUUUUGACUCUCUUCCAUCCUGGUUUCACAAGUUUGAGGAACUCAAGCAUCUUUUUCUUUCAUCUAAUAACUUCCAAGGUACAAUUCCCGUUGCUUUACAAAAUAUGACUAGUAUCGAAACCCUUGACCUUUCUAACAAUUUUUUCACUUUUGUUCAAUCUUGGUUUAUUGAGUUAAGGAAACUUGUCUCUCUCAAUCUUUCAAGCAAUAAAAUAACAUCCAUGGAAUAUUCUAUUUCAUCUAUUUUAAAAAAUAUGUGUCACCUGAAAAGGUUAUAUAUAGCAGGAAAUAGACUCCGAAAAGAAUCUAUUGGAAACAACGAUUUGUCUACCUGCAUUAGACAUGAUUUGGAGAAUCUUGACUUGAAGAAAAAUGAAUUUAAUGAUCAUUUGCCAUCUUGGUUAGUACAACUUGAAAAUUUAGGCAACCUUUAUCUCCAAGAUAAUUUUUUCUUCGGUCCCAUUCCCUCUUCUUUUGGAAAAUUAUUGAAAUUGAAAAAUUUAGAUAUAUCCAACAACAAGUUAGAAGGAAACCUUCCUAAUUCGUUGGGACAACUUGUAAAUUUGCAGAUCAUUAAGCUUUCAAAUAAUUCUUUUAAUGGAACCAUACCUCAAAGUUUUGGACAACUUAUAAAUUUAGAUGCUUUUGAUAUCUCAAAUAAUUAUUUAACAGGGACUAUUCCUUCAAGUCUUGGUCAACUUAUAAACCUAACUAGCCUUGAUUUUUCAAAUAAUUAUUUAAAAGGAAUAAUUCCUACAAGUCUUAACCAACUUACAAAUCUAAAUAGACUUGAUCUAUCAAGGAAUAAACUAGAUGGGAGAAUUUGGAUUGAUUUUCAAAAACUUGUGACUCUAUCAUACUUGGAUCUAUCUUCAAACAAUUUGGAUGGAACCAUUACAGUGGAAGAAAGCAGGCCUUUGGUAAUCUCAGAAAUGCAGUAUUUGGAUCUCUCCCAUAAUCAAAUCAGUGGCUCACUUCCAGAACAUAUUGGUCAUAUAAUGCCCAAUUUGGAGUGCUUGAUUCUUGGAAAUAACCUCAUAAAUGGUUCAAUUCCAAAAUCAUUGUGCCAAGUUGAUGAUUUGAGUAUCCUUGACCUUUCAAAGAACAGGCUGUCUGGUAAAAUUCCCAAUUGUUGGAAGGAUAACAUAGCAUGGGAAGAAAUAAAUUUGUCAUCCAACAAACUCUCAGGGGAUUUUCCAAGCUCAUUUGGGAAUCUUUCCUCUCUGUCAUGGUUGCAUUUGAACAAUAAUAGUCUUCAUGGAGAGUUUCUAGCGUCUUUGAGAAAUUUGCCAUUCUUGAUGAUUAUGGAUCUCGGAGAGAAUCAACUUUCUGGCACCAUCCCAACAUGGAGUGCUAACACAUUUUCUUCACUACAAAUUCUAAGACUGCCGCAAAACAGGUUGAGUGGUAGCAUUCCUUCACAGAUAUGUGAACUAUCAUCCAUUAAAAUCUUGGACCUUUCCCGCAACAAUUUAAAUGGUUCAAUACCUCAGUGUAUAGGCAAUCUUCGAGGAAUGACUCUUGAGGUUCCCAUUUUGCCUCCUACUUUGCCUCCUACUUCAGUUUUUACUGAGGGUCCCGGUUGGUCUUCUGGAGCAGUAUCUAAUUGGCAAACUGAGGAUGUCAUAGAAGUCACGAAAGGAAGAGAACUUGACUACAUAAGAAUCUUGAAGCAUGUAGUCAUCAUGGACUUGUCCAAGAAUAAUUUGGUUGGCUCCAUUCCAAAAGGAAUAACUUUGCUUUAUGGUUUGCAUAGCUUGAAUCUAUCAAACAAUCAUUUGAUCGGAAAGAUCCCUAACAUGAUAGGGGAUAUGAGAUCACUUGAAUCCUUUGAUGUUUCAAGUAACCAACUCUCCGGCACAAUUCCAAGCAGCAUGUCGGUCUUAACAUCGCUAAGUCGUUUAAACUUGUCAUACAAUAACUUCUCUGGACCAAUUCCCACAGAUAACCAGUUUUUAACUUAUGAUGCAUCCAGUUAUGCUAACAACCCAUAUUUAUGUGGAUUUCCUCUUCCCAACGAAUGUGGUUAUUCUCCUCAAGUUCAUGGGAGAAAUGAAUUUGAAGGUGAUAACAGCAAAUUAGAUAAGUUGGAAAAGUGGUUGUUCUACUUUGUCAUCGCAAUUGGCUAUGCAACUGGGUUUUGGGGAGUUAUUGGAACUUUGUGGUUCAAGAGAACUUGGAGGCAUGCUUACUUCAGAUGGGUGGAAGAUUUAGCCGACACGAUCUAUGUCACAACUGCAAUAAGAAUGGCAAAAUUGAAGAAGUGGAUGAUAAUGAUGAGAAACCGUGUUGAUGUUUGAUCAUGAGUGUGUUUUUAUUUUUAUUUUGAAGAAUCAA